CGAGCCCGGCGGGGCGGCCGAGCGGGUGCGGGCGUGCCACAAACGGGCCUUCGAGUGCAUCUCCAUGGCGUUGCGCAUCGAUGAGGACGAGAGAGGACAAAAGGAACAAGCUGUUGAAUGGUAUAAGAAAGGAAUUGAAGAACUGGAAAGAGGAAUAGCUGUCUUAGUUGUUGGUCAAGGUGAUCAGUGUGAUCGGGCUCGACGUCUGCAGUCUAAAAUGAUGACAAAUUUGGCAAUGGCCAAGGAUCGCUUGCAGCUUUUAGAGAAGCUGCAGGCAGAUUUGCAAAUUUCCAAGCCGCAAAUGGAGGUCUAUAAUGACAGUACUAACCUGGCAUGCCGCAAUGGACAUCUCCAGUCAGGUGGGUUUGGCUUUCCCAGCACCUAACUAUUCAGGGGAUAU